UUUUUUUUCUCGUUAUUUUCUUUUUUAAACAUUUCGGACCCCCCCCCCCCACCACGGCCAGCGCCAGCGCCUCCCUCCGACGUCCGAGUUCUCCUUCUUUCUCGACGAUCCAUCCUCGUCACCAACCCAGCGCAGCUCGCCCUCGCCCCGAAAAAUCACCAGCACCGGCCUAGAUGGGUCGCCAUUGAAACCCCAGCCUUCGUCUUUCCUUCCUGGCCAAACGCACACGCAGCGCAGCGCAGCGAUUGAGCUGCCAACCUAGGCACCGACAUGGCCGCCCUAGGCAUGAUUAAGCCCGACGUGGGCGACAUACUUAUGGUUAUUCAUGACUUCCAAGCACGUAGUUCCGAUGAAUUAAGCUUGGCAAAAGGCGACCGCGUAGAGCUCCUGGAGCGAGAUGACGAGUUCGGAGACGGCUGGUACCUGGGAAAACACUUGGUGAAUGGAAACAGCGGCCUUUUCCCUGAAGUAUACACGCGAAAAGCGGCAGUCGUGCCGACCACAACAGUGCUCUCGUCGCCAAAACAGCCCCUCGCGCCCCUCGUCGAGAUUGUUAACGAACAGGCAACGCCUCCCGUAAGCCCCCCACCUCCGGAGGAAAGCAACGAGGAGCCGACUCCCGAAGCGCAGCCGGCACCCGUCACUCUUCCUCUCAGCUCCAUCAAAUCGGCGUCCGUGAGCAGCGUGUCCCCGUCCUAUUCCCCAAGCAGCCUUCUUUCGAGCAUCGGAAAUAUAGGACGGCCAAAUGACAGCGCCGACAGCCACGUCCUUCACGAGACGCUGAAUGUUAUCGACGAGCACAUUACCAAUUUAAGCUCACCCCACAGCAACGGGACUCUCCGGAACACGGGCGAUUCCGGCAGCGAGUACAGCUCGCACGUCGGCCACCGAAUCUCGUACAUCAACGGCGAAGAGACGGACGAGGAGGAAGAGGGGACGCAUUCUCGAUUCGAGGUGGAAUCGUGGUCGGCUGAUCAGGUUGCCGAGUACCUGUUCACAGUGGGUGUCGAGAAGCACCACUGCGAGGUUUUUCGGGACCAAGAAAUCACCGGCGAAGUUAUUCUGGGUAUGGAUCAGACGUCGCUGUUUAUCAAGGCCUUCGAUCUGGGUCCCGUCGGGCGGAGAUUGAAGACGUGGCAGAAAAUUAAGAAUCUCCAGGACGAGGUCAACGGGCUAGAAACGGCAGGGGCCCGGAGAACUACACAGACUUAUGGAAGCGACGCUGGAUCAGACGCGGCAGGCAGGGUCCGGAGUAGGACUAGCACAAUGACGAGCUCGAACCCGCGAUAUACGCCCCUUGAUAACCGCUCCCUCUCGAUACACACCAAACGCCUGUCGCAAACGCCCAAACUAGAGCCAGCCCAGCCCGUGUCGCCCGUGUCGCCGCUAGUCGACAGCCCAAGCCGUACGUUUCACGAAAAGCGGCCUUCUGCUGCAUCGAUCCGAGAUUUGCACCACUCCCGUCGCCACUCGUCGACCGACUUCCGCCUCUCGGGCACACCAGCAAACGCAACAGCUUCUGUCACCCCCAAGCUAGUUGCAAGCGGAACGUUUCCACAGCAGCAGCCAGCAACGACCCACAAGAAGCAGCCCUCGUUUGACCGCAACUGGACUCUGGGCAGUGCGACCAAUGCGUACGCGCAGAGGCCCCUUUCUUCUGCCGGGAUCCAGGACAUAAUGACAGCCCAAGAGCCGGAACUCCAAGAUUCUGCUGUCGAUCUCGAUCGUGGCUAUUUCUCGGGACCCGAUUCGGAUCCUCGAGCUCGCCGAAACGUCCUGCGGAAGCGCGACGGCUCACAGGGGCCUAGCUCACCAAAGUCGAGCUACGCAGACGAGCAAAGGGUGCGAAGUGCAACCGCUCUGUCGAGGCAUUCGAGGUUUGGCAGCAUGGACUCGGGGCGGGAAUCGGGGCUGGGGAUUUCGCCAGCGGCUCAAAAAUAUUUUGGGUUGACCAGGCGCACGGCAUCAACCGCAACCACGGAAUCAAUACGGCCGGCGCCCAUAUCCAAGGAUAGCACACCACCAACUGUUACCAAGCUCGAAGGGAACCCGGCAGAUCAGGCGCGGUCGUCUCCAAGGUCUGCCAUGAAGCGCUUGAGCCAGGUCAAUCAUCCCGAUUUCAACGUUGGCACCAUGUUACGGAGCGGGUUCGGCUUCAGAGCAACGUCGGAUGCGGUUACGGGUACCGAACGAGCCAAGGCUGCAUUGCCCGCCGAAUUGACCCUGAAGGAUUCUACCACCAUGUAUUCUCCCUCACGCACGGGAUCUAGUACGCCCUCGGCGGGGCCGAGCUUUGAGCUUGACUCACCAGAUGCUGCCAAGAGCCCGAGCACGGCAACCACUGCGGCUAGCAAAAACAGCACCCGCAAGAAGACCAAGAAGGAAACCAGCGCGUAUACGCGCGGCCUCCAGACAGUUACUCCCAGGGAGGCCAUUGCCGAUGCCGACUACAGCGGAUGGAUGAAGAAGAGGAACGGGCAUCUCAUGACGACGUGGAAGCCUCGACUCUUCGUCCUCAAAGGCAGACGCCUGGCGUACUACUACUCUGAAGACGACGAAGAGGAAAAGGGCCUCAUCGACAUCUCGUUCCACCGUGUGCUCCCGGCAGACAACGAGCGGAUCACGGGACUUCACGCCACGCUGACGGGAGCUUCCAAUACUCCGGCCAUACCGGCCGGCAGCCACGUGCCAACACUUGCCGCUACGGAAGCGGAGCGCGAUCCGGUCAAAGAAUCGGACGCCAUGUUCAUCUUCAAGCUGGUCCCGCCGCGGGCUGGCCUGUCGCGGGCGGUCAACUUUACCAAACCUACUGUUCACUAUUUCGCGGUGCCGAACAUCAAACAGGGUAGACUGUGGAUGGCGGCCCUGAUGAAAGCGACAAUCGAUCGCGAUGACUCGCAGCCCAUCACGAUGACAUACCAGCAAAAGACGAUAUCACUAGCGAAAGCACGGCAGAUGCGGCACAGGCCGCCUGCCCUGAUGAACUUUGACGAGGCGACCGGCGACGCCGCCGGCGAUAACAGACUGUCAGACAAGAAGAAGGAGACUAACGGGCUUGGUAUCGUCUACAGCGAGGCUGAUAGCGCAGGGCUUGAGAAGCUGGGACUGCAGCAAGUCGAGAGCGCCCGAACCCGAGGGUUUGGGCUCGGAGGUGGGCUCGGGAGUGGGAAGGAGGCGCUGAUGCCUCAGAGUGCCUGAGUGGCGAGACUUUGGGAGUGUCCAUGACGGAAGUCACUUGCAAGUGGCUUUCCGUGGAGGUACUUUGCCCUGACAACUGACAACGAAUUGGACUGAUUGGCGCUUUUUUGACCUGUUUUUUCUGUCUUUGUCCACAAUUCCCCCUACACAAGAGAAAAGAGGAAAACCAUACAUGAUGUGUCACGUAACGCUAAGAGAGCAGGUUUGGCAUCGGGCCGGCGUAUUCUUGCUGUAUUUUGUUGGGGGCGGAGGAAAAUUCAACGAGGCUUGCAGUUCAAUAGUUCAUAGCGACGGGGAAGGGUUAGCGAGAGGGAAUGGGAGUGAUGCUCCCCAGGAGAGAUUCUACUUCCCUUGUUUAUAAUCAACAAGCCCUGGUGGGAAGAGGCCAGCCGCCUGUGGUCUGGGCUCAGUUUUUUCUAUAUAAAUAUAUCCGUAUGUAUUAUUUUCGAAAUCCAAAUGACCGAUUUUGCUCAAUGA